UAUGUUUUGGCUUCUGCAGGCCUCGCCCUCCGACGCCUCUACCCUUGCGCCCGCGCACCCGCCCGCGAUGACACCUUCCUCCUGCCGGCCUCUCUCUGGACCUGCUCUACCUACAAGCGCCAUGCGCCCGCACCGUUUGCGACAUCGGGCUCCAGUUCCAGUCCGCUAGCUAUUUCUCAAAGACCCGCCGGCCGCCCGUUUGACCCCGUCCGCUGCCACAGUUUCAGCAUGCUCCCACAGCUUGUGUGCUCCCCGCCCGUGUCGCUGCCGAAGGCCAAGCGCAUCCACAAUGUGGUCCGCGCCUGCGACCUCACCAUGGACGAUUUCCUGCGCGACGCCCGCCGCCUGUUCGACGCUCCUCUGCUGCCCGCCCGCCUGCUGCAAAUGUCGGCCCGCCUGCAGGACCAGUUCGCCCUCAAGCUCCGCCAGAGUGCCAUGUGCAUGCUGCCGUCUUACAAUCACACGCUGCCCUCUGGUCACGAGCGCGGCACCUAUCUGGCCCUCGAUGUCGGCGGCUCCACCUUCCGCGUCGCCCUCGUGGAACUCCAGGGCAAGUCGCAGGGCAUGCGCAUCGCCAAGAUGCGCUCCUUUCGCGUCGACGACCGCGUCCGCCAGCUCGAGGGCCACGCCUUCUUCGACUGGAUGGCCGAGCGUAUCGAAGAGACCAUUGCCGACCCGGACGUCAAGAAGCGCUGUGGUCCCCACACCUUGCCCAUGGGCCUGGCCUGGUCUUUCCCGGUAGAACAGACCUCGACCAGGAGCGGCAUCCUGCUCGACAUGGGCAAGGGCUUCCGCGCCAGCAAAGGCGUGCAGAAGAGAGACCUCGGCGAACUCAUCAUGCUCGCGUGCAACCGAAGGAAACUCAACGUCCGCAUGGAUGCCAUUGUCAAUGACUCAUCGGCUACCUUGCUCUCCCGCGCCUACCAGGACGAGACGACACGCCUUGCUCUGAUCCUGGGCACCGGUUUCAACGCCUCGGUCCACCUGCCCGUGUCUGCCCUGUCCCGUGACAAGUUUGGCGAGAGGCCGCAGAGCUGGCAUGACCAGGCAGAGCGCGUCUUGGUCAACACCGAGCUCAGCAUGUUCGGAAAGAACAUUCUGCCCACGACCCGAUGGGACGAUUAUCUCAACCGCAACCACGACCACCCCGACUUCCAGCCCUUCGAGCACCUGAUCAGCGGUCGCUACCUGGGCGAAAUCACGAGGCUAGUCCUGCUCGAAGCCAUCCAGACAGCUGGCCUGUUUGGUGGCGAGGUGCCGGACAAGCUCUUGGAGCCCUACAGCCUCGAUACUGGCAUCAUGGCUGUCAUUGAAGCCGACGACACCCCCUCCCUUACCAAAGCUUGCACCGUCCUCCAAGCGCACCACCCCCUUCCAACGCCUCCCACAUACGCCGAUCUUCUCUUUAUCCGUUCAAUCUGUCAGCUCGUAUCGCGCCGCGCCGCGGCUUACCUUGCCACCGGGAUCCACGCCCUCUGGUCGCUCCGUAACCGGGCCGAGAACCUUGCGGCAGCUGAUGCCGGCCAUGUCACCAUCAGCUGCAACGGUUCCGUCAUUGAAAAAUACCCUUCGUUCCGGGCCCUGUGUCAGCAAUAUAUUGAAGACCUCACGAGGCUGUCAGGUGCGCCGCCCCACUCGGUGGAUCUGGAAAUGGCGUUUGAGAGCUCCAUCUUCGGCGCCGCCGUCGCCGUAUGUUGCUUGGAGGGCCAAGACCAAGACCACGUAUCCUAGGAGGCUUUUUUUUGUCAGCCAUGCAGCAGCAGUGUUGUUGCAUGGCAUGGCUUUGACUUGGCAUUCUGGACCGCGUGAGCGCGGUUGCGGCCUGCUCUAGCGAACAAGAAUUUUUCCGGAUACGAGGCCGUGCUGGGAAAAAAAAUCUCCGAUACGACCACGACCACCCCACGGGGUCAGGGCAACGCUGAGCAGCAACAGCAGCAUCAGCAGCAGCAAGGUCGGCGGUUGCCGAAGCACGGCCUUCCCAUUCC